ACUCUAACGAAAAAUUCAUAAAAUGUCAGCCGACAAAAUUUAUAGCAAAACACAUAAAUCCGAAACGCAUUCGCAGCUGCUCCAUGUGCCAGCCGUCAAGAUGGUCAAGGACAAGCCCGUGCAACUGGGCUCCGAGCAACUCAAACUAUCGAAUAACCUUGUGCUCAUGAACCAGCACGAUUACGAUCGCCAGAGAUUGUUUUUGUACUUAACCAUUUUGAAGAGCGUCGUCUGUCUUGCGAUCAUUAUGUUGAUGGUGCACUUCAUAGGCCACAGUAGUCGGGUUAAGCUCCUAGCAAAGCGUCCCAGCGGAAAGACUAUACUGCUUUGGAAUACAGAGAACAGCCCGGUCACGUCGGAAUAUCUGCAUUGUGGCUGCGUUUUGACCAACAACCGGGAAUACGCCAACGGGCCAAUCCAUGCCGUUGUCUUCAAUGCUGAUCGAGAUUUUUCACUCGCCGGCCUGGAAAAGGUAAAUCGCGCUCCGUACUUUUUGGCGGUAUUUGCGGCCAGAAACCCAUUGAGCUUGGCACGUAAUCCACUGUUGGAGCAUGGUGUUUCGGUAUUUAACUACUCCAUGACGUAUCGGCGCGACUCAGACGUACUCUUUACCGAUUACUACUUUUCGGCUGUUGAUCAAAAGCAUCAGACACUCGCCGAUAUAGACUUCAAUUUAUUGGAUCUAUACUCAAGCGAGCUGCUCUCUCCGUUCCAAUUGAGACUGCAAACGAAACAACGGCUCGUGUUUUACAUGGUGUACGAAGUCAACGAGUAUUCCCUGCCCGAAAGUCUCUACCUGCAGAAGCUGCGCAACUACCUUCAAUUGGAUGCCUUCAUAACCUGCCAUGGAUACCAAGACUGCGGUCAAUAUAAAUUCAUGCUGAUCUUUGAGUCAAGUGAAUGUCCGGACUUUGUGCAUCCGCAAAUAUACAAAGCGUUGGCCCACUACGUGGUGCCAGUCAUCAUUGGCCGUGGUAACGUUUCUGGCUUGAUUCCGCCUGGCUCCUACAUCAGCAGCGCUGACUUUGAGACUCCGGAAAUGCUGGCUAUACAUCUGGAAAAGUUGUCAAACGAUCCCCUGCAGUACGAGCGAUUCUUCGAUUGGCAUUCCAAAUAUCGAAUCCACAAAAACAGACAUCCCUAUUGCGCCCUAUGCCGGCAGAUGCGCAAGCUGCGCCAGCUAGUCCCAUCCGACAAGUUCCUCAACUGGUGGACUGGAUACCAGUGUCCCAAUCGCACAGACGUUGACCUGACCAGGAAUGAAAUUUCGGCCCCAUCCCCAACCGAUUUUAAUUAUCAAUCGCAUUGGAGCCGUUGAACAUUUUUAUUUCACAGAAUUUCGGCGGCACUUGUGAAGCUAAUAAGUCUACCCUUUCGAAAUUCCUUUUAUUUGAAAUUUGUAUGUGGCAUGUGCAACACCUCAAAAUUCCAGUCCCGGUCUAACGACAAACUUCAAUUCAUACUUUUGUAAAAGCGGCAAAUACAAAUACUUAUGCAUA